CCCUGGCGUCCUGGACGAGGCGGACGAGAGCGGCGACAUGGCGCUCGACCUGGCGCUGCUGGGGCGGCAGCACAGCAUCGCCGACACGCUGCUGAAGCACGGCGCCUCCGUCACCACCACCGACCCCACGGGCGCCUCGCUCCUGCACAGGGCCGUCAGGAGAGGAGAUGAAUUCUCUGCGUCGUUCCUGAUGAACCAUGGCUGCUCAGUGAACGUGGCGACCCCCGGAGACGGCAGGACCCCGCUGCACACCCUGGUCAGCCAGAACUACAUCGACCAGCAGACCCGAGAGGACAUGGUGAAGGUGGCUCAGACCAUGAUAGAAAAGGGUGCAGAUCCCAACAUCCAGGACAAGGAUAUGAAGACCGUGCUGCACCUGACCGUGGAGGGCGAGCGCGAGGAGAUCUUCCGCGCCCUGAUCGAGCACGACAACCUGCGUCUGGAGCUGCGGGACAAGGGCGGCUACCCCGUGCUGUGGUACUCCCUGAAGGCCGGCACGGACUUCGGGGAGACCUCGUACGCGGCGCAGCUGAUCAAGAAGGGAGCCUCGCCAGACGCGGUGAUUGGUUCAAGUGGGGAGUCCCUGUUACACUUGGUAGCACGAGAUGGCAUGGAGGAAGCCGGUUUGUUCCUCACGACGCAGGGUGCCAGCUGCAAUGUUGUGAAUGCCGAUGGGGAGACUCCACUCCAUGUCUCUUGCACUGUUGGUCUUCCCUCGCUCACAACUGCUUUACUACAGAUCGGAGCCAAUCCAAAUCUUCAGACCUAUUCCUCUUCGCCGGCCGGCACCCCAAUCGAUGCCAACGACCCAUUUGCGGAGGAGGUCGAGGAGUCUCCCACGUCCAGCUUGACCUUCCGCGAAACCCCCCUGCACCGAGCCAUCAAGAAUAAGAAUGAAGACGACAUUAGGGCGAUUUUAGAUCAUAAAGGUGCGGCUUCUACCGUUGUUGAAUACUGUGAAAGCAACAAAGUGGACUCAGUAGUGAUGCCUGACUUGAACCUGCGCGACUCGGACGACCUGACCCCCCUCGGCGUGGCUCUGGGAACGGGCCAGAUCAAUGUGGCAAAGCAGCUGCUUGAAUCUGGGGCUGACAUCAACACGACAGACUCCCAGGGGUAUGGCCUCCUCCACAUGGCCAUUCAGGUCAAGGAGGUACAAGUGGCCACCUUCCUAAUCAACAAUGGUGCUGAUGUUAACCUGAGGACUCGCGAUGGAGAGUCUCCACUACAGCUCUGCAUCAGCGAGAGCCUCAGCGCUGUGGUGGGACUUCUGUGUGGGAAGGGAGCUGACCACAAUUCCCAUCCUAACUCCCCCGAACCUCCGCUGUGGCAGGCUCUGGACUCUAAGCAAGAGGACAUUGCUUCCACACUUGUACAGUACCAUGUUGACACAGAUGGCUGGGCUGAGGGUCCAGAGGGAUGCCUGCAGACUUUACUACACAAGGCCAUAGAUGAGAACCGAGAAGACAUCGCUUGUUUCCUGGUGAGAAGUGGCUGUGACGUCAAUGCGGUGAGGAAGCCAGGUCCGGGCGGCGGCGGUGGUGACGCAGCGACAGAUCAAAUGACCCCACUGCACCUCUGUUGCUCUUGGGGGCUAGAGAAUACCGUGCAAACUCUUCUUGAGCACGGCGCGAAAGUUAAUGCGAGGGAUGCUGAAAAUAAGACUCCCUUGCACCAUGCCAUUGAAAACGCUCACAAUCCCAUCAUUUCCCUGCUGCUGUCCCAUCCUGCCUUGGAUCUCUCGCUGCGGGACAAAUCCGGCAUCACGCCCUUCGCUGCGGCCAUGUCGAGGAAGAACAACAAGGCUGCGCAGGCCAUUCUGAGCCGGGAACCCAAGGCUGCGGAACAGUAUGAUCACAAGGGCCACAAUUUCUUGCACGUAGCCAUUCAGAAGAAGGACAUGGAAAGCGUACUCUUCCUCCUGAGUAUUCACGUUGACAUGCACACCAGGACACAAGACCAGUUGUCUCUCACACCCCUGCAUCUGGCUACACUCUCAGGGUCGGAGAUGAUUGUCAGAAAUCUUUUACUGGCUGGAGGUGGAGCAAUCAAUGAGUUAACGCCGCAGAAGCAGACCGUUCUUCACCUGGCUGCGGCAAACGACCAUCCCCAUCUUGUCUCCAUCUUCUUAGAGAAUGGAGUCCGUUUUGAUGCCGUAGAUGACAAUCACAACAACGCACUCCAUGUGGCUGUCAAGGAAGGCCAUCUGUCUGUUGUGAGAGUGCUGCUAACCGAAUCGAGGAUCAACGCAGAGGCAGUGAACCUCCGCGGUCAGAACCCCCUCCACGUCCUUGCCAAUUACCCCAAGGACAAUGCAGCAGCCAUCGCGGAAAUGUUCUUGGAGACUAUGCCGGACUAUGAUCUCAACAGGGUAGAUGUAGAGGGAAACUCGGCUCUUUUACUGGCCUACAUGCGAGGUGCGGGUCAGCUUUGCCGAGUAUUAGUACGGUCCGGAGCAUGCCUGGGCUCGACCAAUAAGCAUGGUGUAAACAUAUUCAAUUAUCAGGUGCCAACCAAAGCACUGCUGUUUAGACUCCUGGAUGUGCUAUCGGCUGAGCCUCCGUGGAGCGAAGGGGAACUCUGCAUGGAGUGCGGGACCAAGUUCGGCCUGGCCACAAGGAAGCACCACUGCCGUCACUGCGGUCGACUCCUCUGCAGCAAAUGCUCGGAUAAGGAUGUGCCCAUCCUCAAAUUCUCGUUGAACAAGCCUGUUCGAGUAUGUCAGACCUGUUUUGAUGUACUUACCUUAGGACCAGCAGCUAUAUCAUAGUAGAUGUUUUAGAAUAAGUAAAGAAGUCAAGUCCAUUCAUAGCAAGAGUAUUUUCUUUUUCUUUUUCUAUACAUUUGAUAUAACCAGUUUAUUACAGUUAACCUAAGACUUAUAAUGAUGGUGCCACUAUGUGAUUUAAGUGACAGAAGUGUAUCAUGUGAUCAAGCUAAACGUUUCACUUCAAGUCCAUGCUGUACUUCCUACUUAGGCAAAUACUCACUGCCAAAUAUACAUUCGAGGAAAUCUUUACUUGGGAAUCAUGGGAUUCGCUUGCAAACACAUCUGGAUGAAAUUGGAAGAGAGGCUGCUCUUUUACAGGAAGAGCUGCUCAAAAUUUUGAACAGGAUUAAUACUUUUGGAAGGAUAUUAAAAGGUAGACUGAAUUGUAUAGGUUGUUUGGUCAGCACAUCCAAAAAUGUUUUGCCCUUGAGGAAAGUGAGUGAAAUCGUUCCCAGGUGAAGUGGUAAACUAUGAUCUUGGUUAGAAGAUAUGAUAUAAAGUUUUGUAAGCUUUUUAAGAUGGAAAGAAUUUCACUUGCAAAAAGGGGGAAAUUUUGUUGGUCAAAUUGUGAGUUUCCUGUGAUUUUUUUCCCCCAUAGUAGAGGAGUUUUUAGUUCCUGUACAGUGAUUUUAUGUAAUAUUCCUUUGUUUGUUGAAGAGAAACAAUGGAGCUAAUGAAUAUUUAAAGAAAAAAUCUCAUUUCAUUGUUUUAUUUAUAUUUAUUAUUAUUAUUUUAGAUAUACUCAUUUAUGUUCACAAAUAUGGCAUAUAGAAGCAUAAUGGCAAACUUGCCACUCCCUCAGAAAGCAUUCUGUCUCACUCAAAGUACUUUUUCCUAAUGAUAUGACAUGAGUCUGGCUAGUUUAUGGUUCCCAGUAUUUGUGGAUAAGCCCACAGUGUAAAAUCACCACAUAAGCUGGGGUCCUGUGUUGUUGCAUGACAACAGUCACUUGCCUUUGGCCUGCUGGCUUGUCCCAUAGUGGGGUACAUCCUGGCCAGUCAGCACAUGCCAAAGCUAUUGAAUGUCUCUCCUGCAAAUCCUCUCGGCAUCAUCCAUAACUGUUGUUAAAAUCACCAAGCAUUGCAUCACGUGAACAGACAGUGCUGUCUCAUUAACCCAAUGGUGACGGGUGAAGAAAACAAAAAAAAAAACUCUACACUCUGGCGAACUAUGGCAGCGUGCCGACUUUAACCCAAUGGCGCUGGGUGUACAAAACAAAACAAAAAAAAAAACUCUACGCUCUAGCAAACAAAGGCGGCACGCCGACUUUGAGCACAUGAGUAGGGGACAUCAGCCCGAAUCACUAGCUCACUGCGCUUUGGCGCGCUGCUGCGGCGUACAGCCACUCGCCAGCUUUCGAGCGGUUUGUUUUCACGCCGAUCGGUGUCACCUGGCGUUAAGGGGUUAAGCGCCUGAGUUUGGUACAUCAGCCCGAUUCACUGGCUUGCCACGCUUUGGCGCACCGCCGUGGCAUACAGCCACAUGCCACUUUUUGAGUAGUUUGUUUUCACUCCUAGCAGCGUCACCCGUCAGGAAGGGGUUAAAAAAGAAAAAAAAAAUGGAUUCUUCUAAAUUUAGCUUCAUAAAUGUGAUUGUGUAAAGCACUGUUGUUACCACUGUCAUCCACAUUCACAGUUAUUUUCAACAAUGCAUUAGUUGUUGAAAGUGGUGAAUAUUUAGUGAAGUGCAGUUUUUACGGAAGGGACACUUUAAAUGUGAGUUUGCCCUUGUGGUUCUAUAUGCUUCAAAAAAUGUGUACAGGUUUGUCCAUUGUGUAUUUUCAUACUCAGGUACACAGGCAACUGGAAGGAGAAACAAACAGACAAGUGUUACUGACUCAUAUACAUCACACAGACACUGUCUAAUACACUGAUAAGUUUAUCUCACCAAAGUCAGUUUUAGAUCCUUUUCAGAAUAAUUUCAGUUUAAAGAACCAAACAUGCUCAACUGUUUUUAUAGACCUUGUGUGUACCUUAGUGUUUGGAAAUAAUUAUUUAACUUCAUAGAUAGAGUUGGAAGGAAUGAAGUGGGAAGAAAACCAUACUGAUAUUGUAAAAUUCCAUAGCCAAAGAAUGGCUAUUCUGUGAGGCCAAUGUUAGACUAGUACCAAAAACUAGUAGGUAAGGUAUAUUGUAUAUGUUCACAUAUAUAUAUAUAUUCUGUAUAUAUGUCUAGGCUUUUUAUGGUUGGCAAGGUUGAAGGUCUAUUUCAUAAUUCCAAGAAAGAGAUUUUGUAUGGAGAAAUAAAAAAGACAGAAAACGUUAUUUAUCAUUUAAAGAGAGAAUGUUCCUUAUUAGUCGUAGAAUAUUCAUAAAGUUGCUUUCAUAUCUAAUGAAGAUUUGCAAGUAUGGUGUUAGUGUAACUGCUAUGCUUGUUUUGCUGAUAGUGUUUGCUCUGAACAGAAAAUACAUUUUUAAGGACUGUAGAUGAAGAUUUGAUAUGUAGCAGCAAGAGAUGGGGAAGGAUAGAGGCAAGCAGAAAGGCAGAACGAGACACACACAUAGAGAUACACACACACAUAGAGAUACACACACACAGAUACACACACACACAUAGAGAUACACAUACACACACACACACACACACAGAUACACACACACACACAUAGAGAUACACACACACACAUAGAGAUACACACACACACAUAGAGAUACACACACACACGCAAACAUAGAGAUACACACACACAUAGAGAGACACACAUAAACACACAGAUACACACACACACAUAGAGACACACAUAUAGAGAUACACACACACACAGAUACACACACACACAGAUACACACACACACACACACACACACACACACACACACACACACACACACACACACACACACACACACACACACACACACACAUAGAGAUAUACACACACACACACAUAGAGAUACACACACACCCACAUAGAGAUACACACACCCACAUAGAGAUACACACCCAUAUAGAGAUACCACACACGCACAUAGAGAUACCACACACACACACACACACACAGAUACACACACACAGAUACACACACACACACACACACACACACACACACACACACACACACACACACACACACACACACACACACACACACACAUGGCAAUUGAAGAAUUGCUACAUUUGUUGUAGAUAUAUAAGAUGUUUUUUGUUAUGGGUGAUAUUUUUAUUUUGUUUGAUUAUAUUUUCCAUUAUUUCUGUAUAUUUUCUGUGCAAGGCAGUAUAUUUUUCUCUGUUUAAAUAGAUGAAUUAUAAUGGGAAGAUUAUAUAUUUUUUUUUUGUAAAAACUACCUUGUAAAAUAUUAUUACCAUUAUAUUAUUACAUAGAUUAAAAAAACAGUAACAAAAUAAUGAAUUUAAUUGAGAAAUGGAAAGCUCAUGAAAUUCAUUAAUACCCGGCCACUGUACUGAGACUGGAAAAAAGAGAAUAUUUAUAAAAGAGAUGAAAAAACACACGUACUGUCCUCAUAGUUAUAAUGUGUCCAUUUUUUGGUGAAGUAUUAAUGUGUGUAUAUAAUUGUGAAUGAAUGGCAGUCACAAAGGAAGAGAGGUUUAGCACUAUAAUCUUCCUGUGUUAACUGGUUUGGAAGAUGGAGUUGGUUGUGAUAACUUGGUUUUCUUAGUUAAACAAGUUCAAAUUGUUUUGUAAAAGACAAAUUGCAUAAUUAUUGUAUGUUUAGAAAUGUAUUUAUAGAGUAAUCUUGAUUUUAUUCCUACACUGUUGCAUGAGUUUCUGUGUAUAUUAUAACCUUUCUUCCAGGGAAAGGUAAACAAUCAUUACUUUUGAUUUAAAAGCAGUAAAUAAAAAUGAAUUGGGCAACAUCAAGAACUAAUUUUUGGAUUUAAAAAAAAAAUGCUUUAUAUAGAACUUAUCCCUUUUUAUAGCAAGUAAAAGCAUGAUUAAUGAUUAAUUAUUAAUAUUAAUAUUAUUGCUAUUGUUAUUCUUGUUAUUAUUUGAGAUAUGCAUGGUUGGAAAAAAACAUGUCACAAGUUAUGACUUAAGUUGUAUAGAAAAUUCUGUAUUCAGAAUGAAAUUUAUUUGUUUUUAUGUUGCAUACAAUUGAAACCACAAAGAACAAGUACUCUUUUAGUGACCAUAAGUAUAAUGUCUGAUUUUUAUGGUAUUUAAAUGUAUGUUUGAGGAGAGAAAGGUACAUGUGAUAAUAGUAAACACACACACACACACACACACACACACACACACACACACACACACACACACACACACACACACACACACACACACACACACACACACACACACACACGAACACACACACGAACACACACACGAACACACACACGAACACACACACACACACACACACACACACACACACACACACACACACACACACACACACACACACACACACACACACACACACACACACACACAUGAACACACACACACAUGAACACACACACACACACACACACACACACACACACACACACACACACACACACACACACACACACACACACACACACACACACACACACACACACACAUGAACACACACACACACACACACACACACACACACACACACACACACACACACACACACACACACACACACACACACACACACACACACAUGCUAUUAUACAGAUGGGUUUAUAUUGGUACCUUUUCAGGUUUCAAUGAGUGUGUUGUUAUGUAGGUUGUAAUAUGCCAUAUGCAGAUAUACAGAUCCAUGAAUUCUAUUAUAUUUGUUCCUUUAGAUUAUUAAUUUAUAGAGUUAAUAUGUUCACUAACUUUGUCUGUGGGGGCAUGAGCAUGUGCAUGUAUGUGUGUUUAGAGAUAUGUAUGUAAAGUGCAUUAUCUGACAGGGCUGCAUUCCAUAGAAAAUAGUUGAAUCACUAAAUGGUUGAUGAAUAGUCUAUUUUUCCCACAAGGUUGGGGUAAGAGAAAGGGGGGUUAGGUAUCUGCCGAACAUUCUAGGCUGCUGGAAGAAAGAAAAUUCUCUUUCUCUCUGUCUCUCUGUCUUUGCCUCUGUCUCUCUGUCUCUCUAUCUCCCUGUGUCUCUCUGUCUCUGUCUCUCUUUCUCUUUCUCUCUCUCUCUCUCUCUCUCUCUUUCUCUCUCUCUCUCUCUCUCUCUCUCUCUCUCUCUCUCUCUCUCUCUCUCUCUCUCUCUCUCUCUCUCUCUCUCUCUCUCUCUCUCUGUGUGUGUGUGUCUCUCUCUCUCUUUGUCUCUCAGUAAAUGAAAAUAAGCAGUACCAUUCAUUUACUAUUAACCUCAUGUCAGAUAAUGUGUGGUUAAUGAGGGUAAUCUGUGUAAUAUGUGAUUAUGGUUGUUAUGGUCUGCAGUUUCCAAAUGAAUUCUGAAUGGCUCUUAACCCCAUACUGCCAAGUCAUGACAAACUGCUCGGUCUGCGGUGUACAGCUGUAUGCUGUGGUGACAUGUCAGAGCACUUGGAGCGGGACGUUUGGCUUGAUGUAGGGGACUCCCAUGCCCAAAGUCCGCUCGGUGCCAUUAGUUUCCAGAGUGUAGAAAUUUUAUUUAUUUUCUUCACCCGUCAGCGUUGGGUUAAGAUUUUCAGUACUAUAUUACAUGGAAGAGGAUGGAAUAAUUGUAUGAAUAUUUAUCCGUUCACUGUUAAUGAUGUAGAUAUGGCACAAGAGGUCCUCAUCCUUUUUUUUCUGUUUUCCUUUCUUUCUUUUUUUUCUUUUCUUUUAGCUGAUAGUGUUCACAUGUGACAUAGCGACAGAUAACUCGGAAACAGAAUGCCACAUCUCUUUAUAUAUGUGAGAAAUAUUUCUUCAUAAUUAUAAACUUAUGAAUUUUUCCCUUGGUCCCUUGUCUCAUACCCUGGGUUCUUCUCCUCCUUCUUCACCAACAACUACUUCUAUCCUUAUUAACCACUGAUUGCUUCAUACUAACUCCUCUACCCUGUGUUCCUCAUGCAAUGUUCCUCUUUCAGUCCCACAUCUCUACUUUAUCUCUGCUUAAUUGCUGCCCAUACCUCUGCUUUUCCUCACUCGUUCUCACUUCCCUGCUCCCCUCCCCCCUUCCCAUCAUGUUGGACAUACUCCCUGAAUCCCCCACUUUUUUCUUUGUGAACUUGGUCUCCUUCCUCAGAUGCAUAACUAAGCUCUGUUUACCCCUCUUUGCCUGUUUCACAACCAUUCUAUCCUUUAGUGCUGUAUGACCUUUGAUGUCUAACACAUUUUGAUUUAUUCAUUAACUCAUUUUUAUCCUUCUUGCUACAAUAUUCUACUAAAGUGCUGUAUGAGCUUUGAUGUCUAGCACAUUUAUUUGUGUUAACCAUUAACCAUUAAUAUUAAGAUGGCUUUGUUGAGAGGAUUUUCUUAUAAAAUACGUAGGGAUGAAAUGGCUUCAGGAUCCAAGACCUCAGCACUGAAUCAGUUGAAAUGAAUCAUUUCUGCUUUGGUAACUGAAUAUCAAAAGAUUCUUAGGUUAUUAGAAUUUUGUCUUGUAGAAUUAGAUAUGUUAUAAAAUCUGAAUUUUAAUUUUAAUACAUAGGUGUAAAUGCAUUCCAGCAUACAUUCUCCCUUCCUUCCUCACUUCCUCUUUCUGUCACUGUUAUUGUCAUUAUCAUUACAUUAAUUUUUCCAUCAGUGACAAAUUACAUCCACGACAUUACACUGCUGUGUGUUGUAAUGGUGUAAGAUUCAGUAGUUUAAGAGGACAACAUAUCAAGGAUUUGUGGUAUGAGGAAAAGAAUAUAUUUGACUGAAAAAAAAAGUUAUAUGAUUUUAUGAUUUAUAUUUUGUGUAUGUGAGUGAAAGGUAUCUUGAUCUUCUGUGAAAAUUGAAGUGUAUGCUAGGAUGAUGAAAACACUUAGGAUACAUUUGUGUGAAUUUGGAUACAUAUGUAUAAGUUAUGAAUCCGUAAGUAAUGUGUUGUUAUUGUUUAUUGAAAUUUUGACUACUUUAGAUGUAGUUCAUGCUAUUCAAAGCUUUCCAUAGCUGUUAUUGUAACCUUGUCAUAGAUACUUUUGUAACUAAAGAAAUUUUCCAUUUUUGUAAAACAUUAUGGAAACUUUAUAAAAACAUUAUAUUGCAUUGUUACUUA